GAAGCUCUAUGCGUCGAACAAUUAUGAGUACCUUAAAAGCCUGUGAUGAUACGAAAAAUUUUCUCCUUUUUAUCUCUUUCUGCUUCAGCCAAAAAACUCAAAUUUCAUUAUGCCUCAGUUGCUACCAGUGAACAAUUAUAUCUGCUACCGUUGCAGGAAGAGUGAGAGCAGUACACAACAAAUGAUUGCUUGUAGUUAUUGCGGUACCUCUUGGCAUCUGGAAUGUCUCAUUGAACCUUUGCCUUCAAUACCUGAAGGUGCGUGGACAUGUCCAAAGCAUCGGGGUGAGCGAACACCAGUAAGUUUACUCCAAUAGAGACUGCUGCUUCUUGGAAAGAUAGGCAUAAAGGUCUAAACACUUAUAGGUU